CUUUAUUCUAGACUUUCAGAAGAGUAAAGAGGGGGAGGAGGGGGAGGAAGAACCAAGACACUGAGAGAGAAGGAAGAGGAGGAGGAAGAGGAAGAAGAGGAGGAGGAGGAGGUAUAUAAGGAAGACACUAUCUCCCUGCCAGCACAUUCCUCCUCGUACCUGUCCACGGAGCGCACCUUUCCCUCCGCACACCCUCCCACAAUGCUCCUCCAGGUCCCCGUGUACGUGUUGCUGGUGGGGGCGGCGCUGGCUCGUCCGCACCCCGACAGCCCCCCCUACGGCCCGCCCCCCUCCUACGGCCCCCCACCCUCCUACGGCCCCCCGCCCGCCCCCUACCACCCCCCGGAGAAGGAGGAGCCCCCCAAGCCCUACGCCUUCGACUACGGGGUGAAGGACGCCUACUCCGGCUCCCACUACGGCCACAAGGAGAACAGCGACGGGCAGGCAGUGAAGGGAUCCUACCAGGUGGCGCUUCCCGACGGCCGCGUCCAGACGGUGACCUACACGGCGGAUCACUACAACGGCUUCCAGGCUGAGGUGUCCUACGAGGGGUCGCCCAAGUACCCCGACCACGCCCCGCAGUCACCCUACAAGUCCCCGCCCCGCCCGGCUUACAAGGAGUCCCCCCAGAAUGCUGCCCCCCACCCCCCGGAGUUCAUCCCUAGCGAGCCACUCCCCCAGGCUCAAUAUCAACCCUCUGAGCAGGCCCCCCUAGACUCCCCGGCCCCCUACCAGCCCCCCGUGUACCAGCCCGCCCCCGCCGGCCCCCCACAAUACCUUCCCCAGUUCAAGGAGGAGGAGGCCCCGGUGGAAGAGCAGGUGUACAUCGAGCCGGUGAAUGUACCUGAGACCGUGUACCGAGGCCAGGUGGAUGAUUACUAGUGCGGAUGACCGGUGGAUGAGGACCAAGUAAACGGGGUUACCUUGGUGGAUGAGGUUCAAAUUAUCGGGGUUACCUUGGUGGAUGAGGUUCAAGUUAUCGGGGUUACCUUGGUGGAUGAGUCAAAUUAUCGGGGUUACCUUAAUGGAUGAGUCAAGUUAUCGGGGUUACCUUGCUGGAUGAGGUUCAAGUUAUCGGGGUGACCUAGAUGGGUGAGGCUGCUAAAUCGGGGUUUUCCGAUUCAUGAUGUUCGAGUUAUUGAGAUUCUAUGGUGGAUGACGUUCACUAAACCGAACUUAACUUGGUGGGGAAGAACUGAGUUAUCGGGGUUAGCUUGCAGGAUAAGGCUCCUAUAUCGGGGUUCCCUGAUGGAUGUGGGUUGAUUUACCGAAGUUCCCUGAUGGAUGAGGGGUCAUAAAGGGGUUCCUGCGUUAGAUGGGUGCCUUAAACCGGGGUCUUUGCUAGAUGCUGAUGAAAGUUCAUUAAAUCGGGGCUCCACGUGGACCCAUUUAUCAGGGUCUUGAGCGUGUGGAAAAUUCCGUAAACUCAGUGGGUGAGAAUUUCUUGUAUCGUGAAAUUCCGUUGGUAAAAAUCCUUUAAAGCGGGGUAAAUUGGAUGAAAGUUCCUUUAAGCGGGGUCCUCGUGACGUCAGAAUGUAAACAAAGGUGACGUAAUCGCGGUGGUGUCAACAAAGUCAAGUGACGUCACAUGUAAACAAGGAUGCCGCAACACUAUCACGGUGGUGGUGGUGGUGGUGGUGGCGGCAAUUUUCAACACCCAGUAGUUGUAGGAAACAGUUAGAUAAAAAAUAAUGGGUUUCUCCCUAUACGUCCCCUCCCCUCUAUUCCCGUCCCAAAAAUUGCAGAUAAUGGGAAGAAUUUAUAAUUUUCAAUACCAGUCAGUGGACAUAAACUCCUUAAUGGAGAAAAAUAACAGAACACUAACUACCCACUAGGUCUACAAAAAUAAUUGAUGUAGAUAAGAGUUCGACUACCCAUUAAAUAUACAUACAUAUAUAUAUGGUUAAUGGUAAGUAUUUACUAUUUUCAACACUCAUUAAAUGAACAAAAAUAGUUAAACAGGAAAAUUCAGUUUAUCUAUCACUCAUUUAGUUAACAUAAUAAGGUUACAAUUGAGAAUUUAAUUUUCAAAACCUGUUCAAAUAAAAAAGGAGAAUUCACGUUUAAAAUUAAGUGCACAAAUAUAAUUAAUGAGCAUAACACAAAUGAGUAUAACACAAUUUUCUGUGCUCAUUAUACUUACUGAAAAAAAAAGUUAAAAAGGGACAUGUAAAACUCUCCCCUUCCCCCACUAGCACUUUUCCCCUUUUCCUUCCCUUAACUAAAACACUAAUGAGGAGAAAAAAAAACAGCUUCCCCAGUCCCCCCUUCUCCCCUCCCCUUCCCCCAAUAGCACUUUUCCCCUUUUCCUUCCCUUAACUAAAACACUAAUGAGGAGAAAAAAAAACAGCUUCCCCAGUCCCCCCUUCUCCCCUCCCCUUCCCCCAAUAGCCCUUUUCCCCUUUUCUUUCCCAUAACUAAAACAUUGAUAAGGAAAAAUAAAAACAGCUUCCCCAGUCCCCUCUUCUCCCCUCCCCUUCCCCCAAUAGCCCUUUUCCCCUUUUCCUUCCCUUAACUAAAACAUUGAUAAGGAAAAAUAAAAACAGCUUCUCCUGUCCCCCCUUCUCCCCUCCCCUUCCCCCAACAGCCCUUUUCCCCUUUUCCUUCCCUUAACUAAAACAUUGAUAAGGAAAAAUAAAAACAGCUUCCCCAGUCCCCCCUUCUCCCCUCCCCUUUCCCCCCACCCGUUUCCACACCAAGAGAAACCAAUGGUAAAACAAAUCAUUUCCCCAUACCCUCCCCUCCCGCCCCCUCUCCUACCCCUUCUAUAUUUAGGGGUGCAAUAUGUUUCCCCUCCCUUACCUCCCUUUUACCCCUCCCAUUCCCUCCCUAAUUCCCUUCCCUUAUAUGGACUAAAACUUACGAGGCAUUUCAAUGGGCUUUAUAUUCCCUCCCUUUUCCUUUCCCCUCCCUCCCUCCAAAUCCCCUUCCCAAUAGAAAAUAAUAGAGAUAGAUCAACCCCCUUCACACCAAAUUGAUUCCUAUCCACUAAACCCUUUCCCCUGUCUCUCCUUCCCCAUUUUCCUACCAAUUUCCUCCCCAUAACAUCACCCACUACUUCCUAUUACGUCCCCAAUAACCCCCAUUCCCUCCCCUUUCCCCCAUUUAUAUUCAUUCCAAAACACUCCCAUUAUAAAGUUGAUAUCCAAACCAUUAACUCCCCUUACAAUUAACCACAGCCAUCACCACCACCACCACCAACAACAACAGCACCACAACCACCACAACCACCAAUGUAAUAUCAAUGCAACAAAACAAUAAUACUAAUACUAAUAAAAAUAAUAAUAAUGAUGAUAAUAAUAGAAGUAAUAGGUUUCUUCCGUAGGGCAAGGCUUCCCUCCCCUAUUAGCGCUCCCAUUACAAGCACCUGGCGGGCCAAUAUGCUUGUUACACCUGUGCCAUUAGAAAACUCACCUGCCUCUCUGCCUGUCCGUUUAAAUAUAUUAGCCUGACUUUCUAUACACACCUUUCUCUUUUUGUCGCUUUGUUUGUCUGUACUUCCAUCUAUCUUUCUAUUUAACUUUAUUUUUUUUUCGUUCAUACAUUAACAUAACUACCGUAUACGCCUUCAAUCUAUUUAUCUAUCACUACACUUAUCUAUCUACCUAUUCAUUAAUCUACAUACCUAUCAAUUUACCUGCAUGUAUAUCAAUCAAAAAUUUUAUCUAUCAAUCUAUCGAUCUAUCUAUCUACAUACCUAAUUACCUACAUCAAGAUAUACACAAACAUACCUGUCAAUAUAUCUAUCUAUCUACAUACCUAAUUACCUACAUCAAGAUAUAAACAAACAUACCUGUCAAUAUAUCUAUCUAUUAAUAUAUCUAUCUAUCUACAUACCUAAUUACCUACAUCAAGAUAUACACAAACAUACCUGUCAAUAUAUCUAUCUAUUAAUAUAUCUAUCUAUCUAUCUAUUCGCUUACCUAUCUCACUUUAGUUAUGAUCACCUGAUGUAAUUAAAUAACGUGCAUAUUUUUUUUUUAUGCUGUUAUUACUUAGAUGAAAAUAAACUAAAUUCUCAGCACCGA